AUGGUAAGUGUAACAAUAGAGCAACGAAUUGUUGUGAAAUUUCACGUGAAACUUGGAAAAACCGCUACUGAAACUUAUAAUUUAUUGACACAAGUGUAUGGCCAUGAAUGUUUAUCGCGUGCACGUGUUUUUGAGUGGUUUAAGCGUUUUCAAGAUGGCCGAGAAGACGUUAAAGAUGAUUCACGCCCGGGUCGCCCUUCCACGUCAAAAACGGAUGCCAAUAUCAAAACAAUCGGUCAAACUAUUAAUCAACAUUACUACCUUCACGUUCUUGCUGAAUUCUGUGAAAAAAUAAAGAAAAAACGACCCGAAUUGUGGAAAGACAAGUCAUGGGUUCUCCACCAAGACAAUGCGCCGUCUCAUUCCGCAUUGUCUGUCAAGAGGUUUCUAGCCAAGUACAGCAUCCCAGUGUUAGACCAUCCGCCUUAUUCGCCGGAUCUUGCACCAUGCGACUUCUAUCUGUUUCCUAAGGUGAAAUCUGCAUUAAAAGGAACAAGAUUUGAGUCCGUUGAAGCUGUGAAAGAGAAAGCGGCACGCGUCCUGAAGGAGCUGACAGAAGACUUCCCAGCCCUUAGCAAAAAUUCUCCUUGA